UUUUGCCUGAGCCUCCUGGUAGCUGCGGGUGUGUGUUUUUGAGUGCAUUAUUUAGCUAAUCAUCGUCUUGCUUCGUUCAAAAGAGUCUGUGAUACGGAAGUGACGCAUACAUUAUGACGGAUCAACAAAUGGACUGUGCGCUGGACCUGAUGCGACGCCUGCCUCCACAACAGAUAGAGAAGAAUCUGAUCGAUCUGAUCGAUUUGGCACCGGCCUUAUGCGAGGAUCUGCUGACAUCCGUCGAUCAGCCGCUAAAGAUAGCGAAGGAUAAGGAAACGGGCAAGGACUACCUGUUGUGCGAUUACAAUCGCGAUGGGGAUUCGUACCGUUCGCCCUGGUCGAACACUUACGACCCACCGCUGGAAGAUGGUUCGAUGCCCUCGGAACGGCUACGCAAGCUGGAAAUCGAGGCAAACCUUGCCUUCGACCAGUACCGCGAGAUGUACUACGAGGGAGGCGUAUCGUCCGCGUACCUGUGGGAUCUGGAUCACGGGUUUGCCGGCGUAAUUUUGAUCAAAAAGGCCGGCGAAGGCAACCAGAAGACGAAGGGCUGCUGGGACUCGAUACAUGUGGUGGAAGUACAGGAGAAAAGCUCCGGCCGGACGGCACACUACAAGCUAACGUCGACCGCCAUGCUGUGGCUGCAGACCAACCGGCAGGGUUCCGGUACGAUCAACCUUGGUGGUAGCCUCACCAGACAGAUCGAACAAGAUGCUCCGGUGAGCGAAUCCAGCCCACAUAUUGCGAACAUCGGGCGCAUUGUGGAGGACAUGGAGAACAAAAUACGCAACACGCUAAACGAGAUUUACUUCGGCAAAACGAAGGACAUCGUCAACGGGCUGCGAAGUAUUCAGUCGCUGGCCGACACCAAUCAGCAGGCAACGAUGAAGAAGGAUCUAGCGGCGGCACUCCAACGACGAACUGGCAAGAGCGAGAACUGAACCGCCUGAACUGAACUUGAAUUGCCGCCGCCGCCCG